ACAAGGAAAAUAGACAUGGAUUCAACCGAAACAAAAGAAGAGAAGAAGGCGGCUGCGCAUGAGGAGCAGCUUCCAUGGGAGUUGAUUGAAGAAAUACUCUAUCGUGUCCCUCUUAAAUCUCUCGUCCGCUUGAGCGUUGUUUGCAAACGAUGGAACAUUAUCUUGGAUGACAAGAGGUUCAUCAACAACCACAAGGAGACGUUUCGAUUCAUCCUAGCAACCGAAUCCAAGAUUUACUCGGUAAGCAUCGAUCCCAAGAUAGUGGUACGCGAGUUACCGUUGGAUACUCUCGGUUUAGAAUAUCAAAAACCUAAAACAUUGGUUGAUUGCGAUGAGUUCUUGAUAUGUAACAUGGAUAAAGGAGCCUUUGUUUGGAACCCAUGGUUGAAACAAAGUGAAUGUAUUGCCCAUCCUAGCUCUCGCCUCGAAGGCAUAUGUUAUAAUGGUAGUAACAGGAGGAGUGAGGUAAGUCGUUACAAGACAAUUUGGUACAGUAAUAAAGAGUGGAAAAUCCAUGACUUUGCGUUCGGUACGUGGAAAAACGUCAACGUAAUAUCCAAAUCCAAUAAUAGUAAUCAGAGCGAAAAACAACGUCGAACUUUACAUUCUGAAAUUGGUGUAUUCUUGAACGGCUCUUUGUUUUGGAUUUAUUUUCUUGAGUCUUUGUACAGCGUAUCUAACUUCAAUUUUUCGAAGGAAAGAUUCUAUAGAUUUUGUGAUCUACCAUGUGGGAAGAGCCAUGUUCGCGAUGCCCUUGUCCUUAGGAGCUUUAAGGGAGAUCGGUUUUCGUUGUUGAAGCAAUGCAAUGUAACAAAGAAGACUGAGAUUUGGGUGACCAAGAACAAGGUUAAUGUUGAGGAUGGUCGUGAUGUGGUUUGGGUGAACUUCAUAACACUGUCAAUUCCUAGCUUUCCCAGUUUAGUACCAACCAAUUUCUACUCUCAGCAGCCAAGUUACUUCAUCGAGGAUAAAAGGCUUGUCGUGUGUUCUUGUGAUGAAACUGGUCAGGCUUGGAUUUAUGUUUUUGGGGAAAGCAAGUUGAUAAACAAAGUCCGAAUAGAUUCUGUGGUUGGAUCUUGGCCUUUGCAUUGCACUUAUUUUCCCAGCUUGGUCCCGGUUCCUCGAGGUCAAAAAGAUGAAGAUUUACAAGUUUAACUUUAUUUAACGUGUGUUAUCUUGUUUCCUCUUGUUACAACUAGAGAUUUUGCUCAUUUCCCUUUUGGUUUUUAUUUGGGAGAAAUCAAUUCUUUUAUAUUUUGUUAAAGGAAAGCUAGUUCAAGCGUUUGACGGGAUCAG